AUGUUGUCUGCAUCACGUAGGGAAGCCUUCUGGGCCUUUUUGCUCACCGUUGCACUUCUUAGUAGCACCAACGGAUGGGCCAGCAGAGCGAGCAUUGUAGCCUAUACCGCCACCUCAGUGACGCGGAGUCAGCUCGCUGACGCGUCACUGGAACACUGGGCACAGUACCAGACCCUGUGCGACUCGCCAGGCGCUGCGCGAAAGAUCCCACUCGUGGAUUCACUGAACCGAGUCUUUGAGAACGUUGCCACCGCGAAUGCCCGCUUCCCCUUCUACGCCUGGGGCAACUCGUCCUGGUACGUGAGCAGCAUGGGCUUCCUCUCCCCCACCCCGUACGGCAUGUGCAACGGGUACUGCGCGGCGCGUUUCUUUGCCGAUCUUGGCGGAACGUACGCGUUUUCGAGCGACACGUCCGUGCUGUACGGCGGUGGCGGCGACUGGCCCAUGAUUGGCCUGUACGCGAUGCCGUUUGAGACGACCGCGGCGAGUGCAUCGGAGAGCUUCAUUUUGACGCUGGACUCCUCCGCGGACGGCGCAGCGUACACGGCAGUGGAGUACUGCAGCGUGCCGGCGCUUAACCAAGCAGCCACCGCGGAGGCCCGGCUGACGGCACAGGUGGUGGUGUACGCGAACGGCACCAUCAUUAUGCGGUACGCCUCGCUGCCUGACACCCGCGCGCUGCCGGCGUACAUGCCGAGCACGGGGCUCAUCUACUCAAAGACGCUGCGCACGGUGGUGCCGACGCCGACGGCGGCCAACGGCAUUGCCGCGUACCGCUUCGACCCCGUGCUUGACGCGUGUGCCGGACAUGGCGACGCCCCCGCGUGCACGGCGGACACGGGGCGCGGCUGUGUGUGGUGCUUCUCCACGUCGGCGUGCUGUGCGAGCACGCUAGUGUCGGAGGUGUGCCCGCGCGGGCAGUGGACAGCACUUGCAAGCAGCACGGCCGCCUUCACGCCGCCCCAUCUUCAUCAUCUGUCGGUGAUGUGCCACGACGGUGAGGAAGGUGGCGCUGGCCGCGGCGGAUGGCGAUUGCGAGUUGGGGUGGUUGCUUGGCUCGGCGUACCACGCCUCCUGAAUGUGCCUAGUCGUGCUGCUCUCCGUCGCAAGGUAGAAGCGGGGUGCACAGCGU